ACAACUGUUUACAGCAAGUUCCUGAAGAGAUUGAAAGAGUGAUGGUUGGUGUAGAAGCUUACUUGAGCAUCAGAAAGCAUACUUCUGAUGCUGGUUUAUCCUUUUUUGAGAAUGAUGAUGAAAACGAGAGGGGUCUUGGUGACAAGGAUUUUUUGGAAGACUUAUGGGAUAGAAUACAGCUUUUAUCUAACAAUGGCUGGAAAGUUGAAAGUGUUCCAAGACCUCAUCUUUCAUUUGAAGCUCAGCUGGUUGCUGGGAAGUCCCAUGACUUUUUGCCAGUAAGCUGUCCCAACUUACCAAACCCGCCUUCUGUCCCUUCUGGCAUUUCUAUUGGUAAACAAAAGCAUGAGGCAGAAUUAAAAUAUCCUCAAAGGAUACACCGGCUUGACAUAUUUCCUUCCAGUAAAACUGAGGAUCUACAGCCUAUCGACCGAUUUGUUAUGGAAGAGUAUCUCCUUGAUGUGCUUCUAUUCUUCAAUGGCUGUCGAAAGGAAUGUGCUUCUUUCAUGGUUGGCUUGCCAGUGCCCUUCAGAUAUGAGUACCUAAUGGCUGAGACAAUAUUCUCUCAGUUGCUGAUGCUACCAAACCCACCUUUCAGGCCCGUAUAUUACACACUGGUCAUUAUUGACCUUUGUAAGGCUCUUCCUGGAGCUUUUCCUGCUGUUGUAGCUGGAGCAGUUCGUGCUCUCUUUGAGAAGAUUGCUGAUUUGGAUAUGGAGUGUCGGACACGUCUAAUCCUUUGGUUCUCACAUCAUUUAUCAAACUUUCAGUUCAUCUGGCCGUGGGAAGAGUGGGCAUAUGUCUUAGACCUCCCAAAGUGGGCCCCGCAACGGGUCUUUGUUCAGGAGGUUUUGGAGAGGGAAGUUCGUUUAUCGUACUGGGACAAAGUUAAGCAGAGCAUUGAAAAUGCACCUGGUUUAGAAGAAUUGCUUCCUCCCAAGGGUGGACCAAACUUCACUUUUGGUGCAGAAGAUGGUAAAGAAAACAAUGAGCAUGUGAUAUCUGGAGAGCUCAACAACAUGGUUAAAGGGAAGGCACCUGUCCGUGAAAUAAUCUCAUGGAUUGAUGAAAGUGUGUUUCCGAAUAAUGGUCUAGAAGUUACCCUCAGAGUGGUCGUACAAACUCUUCUCCAUAUUGGAUCAAAGAGUUUCACUCAUUUGAUAACUGUCUUAGAGAGAUAUGGGCUAGUCAUUGCAAAAUUAUGUCCUGACCAGGAUAAGCAAGUCAUGCUAAUAGCUGAAGUGAGUUCUUUCUGGAAGAGUAACACCCAAAUGACAGCAAUAGCGAUUGACAGAAUGAUGGGUUAUCGACUCGUAUCAAAUCUUGCUAUUGUGAUAUGGGUCUUCUCAGCGGAAAAUAUUGAGCAAUUUCAUACAUCGGAUCGUCCAUGGGAGGUUCUUAGAAAUGCAGUAAGCAAGACAUACAAUCGUAUUUCUGAUCUAAGGAAAGAGAUAUUAUCUCUAAAAAAGAAUAUUUUAUCAGCUGAAGAAGCUUCCAAGGAGGCAAAAGCAGAGUUAGAUGCUGCGGAGUCAAAACUCACUCUAGUGGAUGGUGAACCGGUUCUUGGUGAAAAUCCUCUUAGGUUGAAUAGAUUGAAAUUACACGCUGAAAAAGCAAAGGAAGAGGUCGUGUCUCUUAAAGAAUCUUUAGAAGCUAAGGAAGUUCUUCUUGCCCGAGCAAUUGAUGAAAAUGAGGCAUUAUUUCUCUUGUUGUAUAAAAGCUUCUCAAAUGUGUUGACCGAGCGACUUCCUGAAGGAUCUGGAACUAGAACAUUGCGGGAAUUGAAGUCUGCACAAGUUGAUGCGAUGGCAGUGGACACUGAAGAACUAUCAUCAAUGGAAUUAGACAAUGAGAAUCAGAGACCUCAGAACAGUCAGUCAAAUGGUGGGAAGAAAAGUGGUGCUUAUAAUGUAGGUGAAAAGGAGCAGUGGUGUAUCACCACUUUAGGUUAUGUGAAGGCCUUUUCUAGGCAGUACGCUGAUGAGAUAUGGCCCCAUAUUGAAAAGUUGGAUGCAGAGGUAUUGACAGAAAAGGCACCCCCUCUUUUUCGGUCCGCUGUUUAUUCUGGUCUUCGAAGACCAAUUAAUGAGGCUUGAUCAAUUUAUUAUUUCUUCUGGCUUUUUUUUUUAAAUUAACAUAAAUCCAUUCUUUGAGUCUGAUGGCUAAGCAUUCCCUUUAGUUGAUCAAAAUAGGAAAGCUGUAUGCUAUUGUAAUGUAAAUGACAAGGUUGGUAUUAGAAGAAUCUCCGCUGUUUAGAUUCUGAUGGGACUUGACCAUUGCCACUGUAUAUUACCUAUUUCGAUCAUUAGCUACUAAUUGGACCUAAAUACAAAGACUGAAGUUUGCACACCACCUGUGGUGCUUACCGGGUGGGUUGCAAAAAAUUU